UACUGAGAGUCUCAUCUGCUCUAAACGAGCCUCUAACGCUACAAAGACUACCAGCAAGCAAGAGAGACAAACGAGGGAAUAAUACCCAAGGCGCAGAUUUUUCCCAAGGAUUCCUCUUUUCGCGCACAAAUUUGUUUUUCCAAGAUGCUGAUGUCUACUUUUUUCGUUUUCUUCCUUGAAAGCCUUCACCUGGUCCUCUCCUCAUCCUCCUCUUGCCCAUCCGUGUGUGAGUGUCCCCUCGAAAUGUCCAAGUGCGCACCCGGCGUGAGCGUGGUCCUGGACGGCUGCGGAUGCUGCAAAGUUUGCGCCAGGCAGCUGAAUGAGGACUGCAAUCUGACCGAGCCCUGUGACCACACCAAGGGACUGGAGUGUAACUUUGGGGCCAGUUUUGCUGCUGCUACAACUCGAGGCAUCUGUCGUGCCAAGUCAGAGGGCAGACCCUGUGAGUACAACAGCAGGAUCUAUCAGAAUGGAGAGAGUUUCCAGCCCAACUGUAAACAUCAAUGCACAUGCAUUGAUGGAGCAGUGGGAUGUGUCCCGCUUUGCCCACAAGAGCUCUCCCUGCCCAACCUGGGCUGUGCCAAUCCCAGACUGGUGAAAGUUGCUGGCCAGUGCUGUGAAGAGUGGGUGUGCGAUGAUGGCAAGGAGACAGACAUCUUAGAAAAGAUCUUUGGCAAAGACAUGGUGACUGAAGAGCUAGAGAGAGACCUCACCAAGAAGAAUGAGCUCAUUGCAAUUUUCAAGGGAGGACUCAAGUCCCUACCUGCAUUCAGACCACAGCCUGAAGUCCAUAUGUUUGACAGUCAAAAGUGCAUCGUCCAAACCACACCUUGGUCCCACUGCUCCAAGAGCUGUGGAACCGGCAUCUCCACCAGAGUGACUAACAACAACAGCGAGUGCAAACUGGUCAAAGAGACACGUAUCUGUGAAGUGCGUCCAUGCACCCAGUCACCCCACUCCAGUCUGAAAAAAGGAAAGAAGUGUAGCAGAACCAAGAAGUCCAGCCAGCCUGUGAAGUUCAACUUCGCUGGUUGCUCCAGCUUGAAGAAGUACCGACCUAGGUACUGCGGAGCCUGUGUGGAUGGCCGCUGCUGCAGUCCCCACGACACCAGAACCAUCCGGGUGAGGUUCCGCUGUGAGGACGGGGAGACCUUCCAUAAGAACAUCAUGAUGAUUGAGUCCUGCAAGUGCACAUACAACUGUCCACAUGCCAACGAAGCCUCCUACCCCUUCUACCGCCUCUCCAAUGACAUCCACAAGUUCAGAGACUGAUUGGCAGAGAAGCAUCCGAAAACCUUAACAAAAAAAACGGCAGUCCAGAUGAUUGCAGGGGGGAAGGCAGACCCGCAGCCGACUACCAUCUUCUUGUUGUAACUAGAUUCCCAAGGAAUUGUGGACUUACACCAUGAGGACUCAAUGAAGUGCACUGUUUGCUGUGACUACAUCAGCAUUCUUAAUAUGAAGAAUUGCUUCAUAUUAUUGGAGCUUUGAUAGUAGCUUCGUCAUGGAGCAGGUUGUAAUUAAAAAUUGUACAUUUACACUAGUUGCUGAUAAUAUCAAUUCACUGUGUAUAUUUUGAUCCUUUCUCUCCAACAAGACCCAGACUGUAGACUUGUGUGUGUAUAUGUGGAUAUGCACACACGCAAUUUCAAUUAGCAUACCAUGUUAUAUCUUAAAGAACAAGACAAUGAAAUGUAACUCAGUGACUUGUCUAACAAGUGCGUGGUUUCAUUCCUUCCUGACGUGGGCAUUAUUGUUCAUGUUUUGUGGCAGCUAUUGAUGUCCCUUCAUGAAAAAAGACAAAGCGAAACAUGUCAAAGGAUGAAUGUUUUUAGUAUUGUUAUUAAUAUUAUUUAUCUAAUAAACUGUAGCUACUUUAUUUGGAUAUUAUGUGUAAUACUGGAAUAAAUUGUAAAAUGAUUUAAUUUUAUAUGCAACAAUAAAACUGAUUUAUUUAUGAAAUAUUAA